AUGAGCGCCAACGAAAAGCAGACGCCUGCAAAACCCGUCGCCCAGCAGGGCGACCAACCAUAUUUCCCUCCUCCUCCCCCCGGACCACCGCCAGCCCAGAACACACAACCCCAGCCUCAAUCUACAAAACACCCCAACGAUACCCCUCUUCCUGAGUACGACGUCCCCGCGUACGAUCCGGCCCACCCGCAGUUUGCGCCGCCUGCGGGAAAAUUUGAGGAAGACCUCUAUAACGCCACGCCAACUGAGGAGCAUUCGUCCUUCGGGUGGGGCCAUCAUCGACAUGGUCACGGUAGUGAUGGGGAGGGGAAGAAGAAGACGAAUAGGCUUUCUGCCUUUGGCGAGGCGUUUACGAGCAAGGUCGCUGGCCCUGUGAAUGCCCUCGCCAACAAGUUUGGUUCUGAAGGUUUCUUGCCCGAGGCUUUGGAUAAGGAAUGCGAGAAAGCUGCUAGGAUUCUCAGGGGGUUUUGCAAGGAUGGCAUCUACAGUGAUGUUGCUGCUCUCGCAGCUCCAACACCCGCUGUGGCAGCUACGACGCCUGAAAAGCGACCUUCGUCACCAGCCGGCAAAGCCAAGAAGUCCCGCGUGCUCCUGACCAUCCCGUCAAAGGUCAUCGCCCGUGCCCAGGGUCUAGCCAUUUUCACUGCGGUCCGUGUCGGGUUCCAAGCCACUGGAUCCAGCGGCAGCGGCGUUCUCCUCGCCCGUCUCCCCGACGGCAGCUGGUCACCCCCUUCAGGCAUCCAAAUCACCUCCAUCGGAGCCGGUUUCGUUGCCGGGCUGGACAUCUACGACUGCGUCAUCGUGAUUAACACUCGCGAGGCCCUCGAGAUGUUCACCAAGACUCGCCUCGGACUCGGCUCCGAUCUUGCGGUUACUGCAGGCCCCUUUGGCGCAGGGGGUUCUCUCAACUGGGGCGUACCCGCGGGCAACGACAAGAACGCCGCGCAGCCCAGUCCCAUCCCAGCGUCUGCCAACCUGGCCCCGCCCCCGUUGUCCUCAGACCAUACGCAUUUCCAGACCGCGCCCGUCCCUGAGUCACAGCAGGGUAUGGACCGCGAGCACACCGACGACGUCCACCAUCACCUCAAGGAUGACAAGGACAAGAAGCAGGCCGACAAACCCGACCGAGCCAAGAGUCCGUUCCGUGAGGCCUUGACCAAACCCGUUUACAGCUAUGUCAAGUCGCGCGGAUUUUAUGCUGGUGUGAAGAUUGAUGGAACCGUCAUUGCUUCGCGCGAGAGUGCCAACGCCAAGUUCUACGGGCAGGCUGUCUCUGUUGACAAGAUCCUCCGGGCCGAGGUCCCCACGGCUGCUGCACCUGCAGCGCAUGAUGGUGCCCACGGUCACGGUACAUGGCCAGGUGCCGCGAGGGGGUUGUUCGAGGUCUUGAAGGGUGCUGAACUGGGCUGGAAGGGCCAGGGCGGUCAGGGACAGACUCAGGGUCAAUCUUAUGGGCAGCAGCAACAGCCCCAGAAUCUCAACCAAGACCUUCCUGGUGCGCACCAGACUGUACCCCCGGGCUUUGGAGGUCCAAGCCCGGCUUUUGGCGCACCCACUGGAACAGGCGGCGCCCCAGCCACAUCAUGGGUUCCCCCACAUCCUCCGACCACCCAGCCGCCCGCAGCCACAACUAGAGCGGGUGUACCGGAGGUCACAACGGGCAUCCAAAACCUCGGCGUGGGGUCCUCAUCCAGCGUCCCUCCACCUCCCGCAGCGACAGCGGGUGCCAGCGCUUCGUCCGCGAAGGCUGCAGAGGCAGCCGCCGAGUCGGCGCGCGCACAUCAGGAGGGGCAGGAUGGCGGCCCUCCGUCGUACUCGGAGCAUCAUAACGCGGAGGACUUGCCGCCGGCGUAUGUGGAGGAUGAUGGGAGGCCGCGUGUGCAGGGGGAUAGUAAGGCGGGAUUGCACUAG